GGCCGACAUGUCAAGUCGAUCAUGCCCUCGAAGCCCUCAUAAUGCGAAACAAAAGUCUCGCUUUUUCUCUUCAAGUCACUCAUUAUUCAAUUCUAUGAACUUUUGAUUCAAUCCAAACCAGCAAAUAUGAAGAUCACCGCCAACAUCCUCGCCAUCGCCUUGACCCUCGGCCUCGCAACCGCCACCCUCUCCCCCGCCACCUCCAACACCAAAGGCAAAUACCCCAAAUCUCCCUCCUGCAGUCCCGCAAAGACCAGCAAGGCCAUCCAAGCUGCCGAGUGCAGUCACAACACGAGAACCUCAAAGACCCAGACUUUCGCCAUCUUCAAGGUCGACCACCAAUACGACGCCAACCAUGGUGCUCCUUACGGCACUUGCGAGGCUUACACUUGCACUGCACCCACCGACUCGCAGUUGAGCUCUGAUUCUGAUUACUGGACUUUCUUCUGGAAUGACAACGGCGAGAGCAGUGGUGAGGGUGCUGGGUGUAUUAAGGAUCCUCAGACUGGUGUUUGUGGAUGUGAGAACUCUGAUGGUACUUUUGUUUCUGGCUCCAGCAGCUGCAAGUAAGCGUAUUUGAGGAAAGAGAGUUAUUGGGAUUUGAGCUGGAGAACGAAGUCGUUGAAAUCGCGAACUCGAGUAAAGACAAUGUUGAAGUGGCACAAGUCACAGCACACGGAGGUCUAUUGUGCAUAAGUUAUGC